AUGAAGGAGAAGAAUGUGAUUAUGGACGAGGUCCAUGACAUGGUUCACAAGCUUGUGGCAAAACAUGAUGUACCAGUCACUGUUGCCAACUGUCUUGGAAUGGUUGUCAAAGGUGACAUUAGCACACGCAGUAUUUGGCAUGUAUUCCAGGAGGCAGAGGUUGCAGCAGAGGUUCAGAUGGUGGACAAAAUUAUGCAAGUUGAUGGCAUCACGUUAAGUGGCGAUGGAACAUCUCACAAGAAUAUCAAUUACCAGUCCCAUCAUAUCACAUACACUGCCCAUGAUGGCACCGGGGUUACUUGCUUCGCUGGUGUUCAGCAUGAGGUUAAUCAUACCAGCAAAACCCAGCUGCAAGGAUGGAAGGACAUGAUACAUGAGAUGUGUACCAUGUACAAUGAAUGUAUGGUUGGUGCCACAGCAGGCAUUGCAGACCCAAGGGAGCUUGUCACGAAGGUGAAGGGCACAUUGAUAGAUCAUGCUGAGGAUCAGAAAAAACUCAUCUGCCUCUUCAGAGAAUGGAAAGAACUUCACAUGGAGAUUGGCCAGGAGCAAUUUUCUGCCCUUACCCUACCUGAAAAGGAGUCUGUAGAUUUCUUUGUAUGGGCAGGAUGCUGCAUGCACAAGGACCUGAAUGCUGGACGUGAUGGUGUUGAUGGGCUGGUUCUGUUGAUGAACCAUGAUAAUGUGGCAGCCACAUUAGGAGGGCCCUCCACUGCACAGGCACAUGCAGUGUAUGUUUCCCAAGGGGGAGCUGCAAAAGCACUCACACUCACAGGUUCUGUCUUCUGUCAUAAAGAUGACAAGAAGGGUCAACAAGAUUCUCUUCGAUUUUUCCUUGAGGCACAACUUGAUUACUUCUCGCCUUGGCCCAACACAAGCAACACCUACUACCACAGUAAUUGUGAUGGAGCCAGUGAGUGGCUUGUCCAUGAAAACUUGUAUGUUGUCUACCCCAAGAUCAUCAUGGACAGGAAGGAUGCUUGCACACACACAAACAUCGAACAAAAUGUCUAUUAUGCUUUCAAAUGUGACAAAAUGAAGCAGGAGAUAUGUAUCAGCCACCCAUAUUUUCACACUGUCUGUAACUCCUCAGGAAACAUCCUUGACCUCAGUCCCCUCCACUAUCAGCUCAUCACCCACAUCAAAAAGCUUAUCGCCAACAUCAAGCUUGUCUUUGGAACUGAUGCCACUUAUGAGACUGCCACAUUUGAUGGAAAACCAUUUGAGUGGCUGGAAUCAUUUUGCAUCAUUCAGCAGAUUGCCCAGGACAAUACAAAAUACCCUCACCUUUUGCUCGAAACUUUUAUCCACUUCUGCCACAAGUUUGCCACCAACAGUAUAAUUGCACAUAUGUCACCGGAGGAAUGCAAGCUAGCUCACAUGAAUACCAUGAAUCACAUGAAUACCAUGAAUAACAUGAAUGAGGGUGCAUUGGGGUCCCUUCAAAAGAAUCAGACAGGAACAUACAUGAAAAUGGUGCUUGAUCCAGGUGCAUGCAGAUACCUGCACAAAAAGGCUUGUAUCAAUGACACUGCUGGAGCCGAGAAGAAAUGA